AUGAAGAAAAGCACGGCCCCCUCCUGCAGGAGAGUUGAACUACAUCAUCUGUACCAAUACUACGCCUCGGGUCAGAUGACUUUGCCUGUCAGUGUCCUCGUCAGGUUCCUCAAUCAUGAGCAGUUUGAGCUCACAGCAAAUGAGGAGAUGGCAGAGAGUCUGAUUGAUAGAUAUGAGAUUGUAGAGACAGCCAGAGAAAGCAGGUCUAUGACGUUUGAAGGAUUCCUCCGGUAUAUGGAGUCCAAAGACUGCAGCUUGUUCGACCAGGCCCACACAUCUGUGUACCAAGACAUGGACCAGCCUCUCACCAGUUACUUCAUCUCCUCAUCACACAACACCUACCUGACUGGAGAUCAGCUAGUAGGAAAGAGCCACCUGGAUGCCUAUGUCUGUGCUCUGAGGAAAGGCUGUCGUUGUCUGGAGAUUGACUGCUGGGAUGGGCCAGAUAUGGAGCCUGUAGUCUACCAUGGCUACACCCUGACCACCAAGAUAUUCUUUAAGGAUGUCAUCACCACUGUGGAGCAACAUGCCUUCGAGGUCUCUGCGUAUCCCGUGAUCCUGUCAUUAGAAAACCAUUGCUCCCAGGAGCAGCAGGAGGUCAUAGCCCAGUACCUUGUCUCCAUCCUGGGGGACAAGCUGUUGAGAAGUCCCUUGGAUCACCCAACCGCUGGAGAGCUCCCAAGCCCAAAUGACCUGAAGUAUAAGAUCCUCAUCAAGAAUAAAAAACUAAAGCCUCAGAUUAGGACAGAGGCAGAGAGGAGUGUAGAUGAGGGCGAGGAUGAGGAGGAGGACAUUGAAGAGGAAGAGGACCAUCACACCAAAUCGAAGUUCUGGUUUCUGACAAAGGCAGGGUCAAAGACAAAAUAGAAAAAGAAGGUGGUGGUGGCAGAGGCUUUAUCUGACCUGGUCAUAUACACGAGGUCUAUCAAGUUCAUCAGCUUUAGUCACUCCAAGGACAAUCAGAACUACUUUGAGAACACAUCUAUGGCAGAGAACAAAGCUCGGAAGCUAGUCAAAGCCUCAGGUGCAGAUUUUGUUCAGCAUAACCAGAAGUUCCUCAGUAGGAUUUACCCAGCAGGCUCAAGGACGGCCUCUUCCAACUACAACCCUCAGGAGUUUUGGAACGUCGGCUCACAGCUCGUGGCUCUCAAUUUCCAGUCUCUGGGCUCUCCUAUGGACCUUAAUGAUGGCCGUUUCCAGGACAACGGGGGCUGUGGAUACAUCCUGAAGCCGGGACUGCUCAUGUCCAAAGAGAGGAGCUUUGAUCCCAGCUGCAGCCAGCGCCGCCUCAAACCAACACACCUGCUGGUCAAGGUGAUCAGAGGGUCCAACUUACCUGUCCCAAGGGGAGGCAAAGCUCUGGACGCCUUUGUCAGAGUAGAGAUUCAUGGGGUUCCAUCCGACUCGUGCAGAAAAAACACACAUACUGUCAAAAACUCUCUGAAUCCUUACUGGAAUACUGAAAUGAUCUUCAGCAUCAGCGUCCCAGAACUCUGCCUCAUCCGCUUCUGUGUCCAAGACCAGACCGGCCUUCUCAGCAGUGAGUUUGUGGGCCAGUACACCCUGCCCUUCACCAGCAUAAAGAAAGGCCACCGCUGGGUGCCUCUCCGGUCCCGAGACGGAUGCAGUCUGGAUCCAGCCACCCUCUUUGUCGUUGUUUGGUCUGCCUAAAAGCAGCUCUCUAUAUCAGACUCACACACACACA